AGCUCAUCGUGGCUAGCAGUUAUAGCGGCGAAUUUGGAGCCGAAUUCCACAUAUAGUAGCAGUAGCAGUAGCAGCAGUAGCAGUAGUAGUAGUAGUAGUAGUAGCAGUAGCAGUAGCAGUAGU